AUGGCUUCCGCCGACGAGCCGCCCUCGCUCCGCGCCCUUUUCCAAGAAGCCGAAAGCCGACGGCGAGCUCUCGAGUCUGCCGCCAACGCGACAAGCCCAAGCUACGCCGCCGAAGUGCACGCCGUGCUCUCUCUAUACGCCUCCGUCUUGGACCGAACAGGCUCCCUCGCCUUGUUCUCCCCCAACGAGGGAGUCGAGGACAUUGCCACGUCGUCGCUCCCGUACCUGGCCACCAACUACACGGUGGCCGAGCUGGUGCAGCGGACGCCGUUUGCGGGGCCGGCCCAGCGCAAGCUCGUCCUGCGCGCCGCGCGAGCCGCGUACGAGCGGUUCCUCGCCCUGGUCGACGGGUACGGCCUGGUGGCGGGCCCGUACGCCAAGCUGCUCGAGCGCUACCGCGACGACGAGGAGGGGUUUGCCGUGGCGCCGGCCGCGGGGGACGCGGCGGCCCGGCGGGCGGCCAAGGUGGCGAGCUUCCGGGCGGAAAGGGACCUGCGGGGGAGGCUGGCCGCGCUGAAGGAGGACGCGGGCCGCGCGGACGGGGACGGGGACGAGGAGCCCGUCCGUCAGGCUUACCUGGCCGACGUGGCGUACCACACGCACAAGGCGUUUGAGGGGCUGGACUCGCUGAACAGGGAGGCCGAGAUGCUGGCCCUGGCGCCGGCCGAGGAGCCGCGGCAUCCGGCGGCGGCGGCGGACCCCGAUGCCUCGCUGAGGCUGGACGAGCCCUUCCUCGGUGGCGGGGGGUCCGGCGUCGUCGGCAGGGGCGGCGGGCCGCUCCUCUCGCGGCAGGGCCGGCCGCUGCAGCCGUUUACGCUGGUGGGCUCGCGGGCCGACCUGGCGAGGGGCGUCUUCCGCCCGGGGCACAACCUGCCGACCAUGUCUAUCGACGAGUACCUGGCCGAGGAGAGGAGGCGCGGCAACAUGCUCGAGGGGGGCACCGACCCGCCCGCCAGGGAGGUCGACGAGGAUGACGCGGACGCCGUCGACAGGGAGACGUACAAGGCGCGCGAGUGGGACGACUUCAAGGACGACAACCGCCGGGGCGCGGGUAACACGCUCAACAUGGGAUGA